GAAACACACGGACUGUGUCUAGCAGCGUUAGCAUUAUACUUUUCUUUUAAAAUCGUAACACAACCGCUACUCAUCACCUGUUUGACUGCUUUAUUUACCAUUAAUAUAAACAACAGGUCGUGCUUGACGAGUAUGAAUUAGUGUUUUGGAUUUAAGUCACUAAAGUAAACUUUAGACGGACAGGCUAGCAUCUAACUUGCAGCCCGAGCUAACAGCUAAAAUAGCUCAGAAUGCUAAAAACAACGCACACUUUUUAGAUCUUUAUUUCCACAUCUUACUUUCAGCUAUUGUAAUGUUGCUUAUGUUUUCCCAUCUGAAAGACCAUAUCUUAUCUUAUACCGUUACUAACAGCCGAGCUGGAGUAACCGAUUAGAUUUAUGCUUUAAAUGUAAAUGUUUGUGUUAAAAUGGAUAUCUUGAUUAAUCAUUUCAUCAAUAAAAUGAACGAUAACAUCAGCAGGCUGCAUUGUAAUACAUAUGAGGAUGAUUCUGGAGCAUCUAGUGUUCCUGUGCUUAACUCAGGGUGUACUCCCAUGAGCCCAACCAAGAGAAAACACCAUGAAAACUCUCUGAAUCAUCAAAAAGACUCUGAUGAAGAACAGAUGAACAAAAUGAGAUGCUUAUUAGGAUCACAUCUGAGAAAUUCGAAUGGAGACACUGGAAAUCAGGAGUUAUGGAAUUAUAGUCACACAUCUCUGAGUGGUCUUCAUAACCAUCAUGUAUUUGCACCUUUCCCCAUUUUUGCGGUGGAUCAACCCCUUGAGAUGACCAAACACAGCUUGGAUCCUACUAGGAGCAUGCUUCUAAUUCCUGGAUCCAGCACAGGUCACCAGCAGAAUCGUCCAUCGGUAAUCACUUGUGCUCCUGCCAGCAACCGCCCUUGCAGUCUGUCCAGUUGCCACAUGUCCCCUAAUAGCUGCACAUCUGGAUCCACCAAGACCAAAGCAAACACUGUGUGUGACCCUGUGAUUGAGGAGCAUUUCCGCCGCAGUCUUGGGAAGAUCUAUAAGGAGCCAGCGCCUGUCUCUAACUCGGUGAGCAUCACAGACUCAGUUGAUGACCACUUCACUAAAGCACUGGGGGAUGCCUGGUUACAGAUCAAAGCCAAAGGCAAUGGUGGUACAACACCAAAUCAUGAGAGUCAAUGAUAAACUAAACCACAAACAAACCCUGUGAGGUUAGCUCACUACAGAAGUGUACUUAAGAAGACCAGAACCAUUCAGCAUUUUUCAUGUGAAAUCUUUUCAUGCGAAUUCAGUUUGAUCUUGUUGAAGCAUGCAUGACCAGGGGUUGAGAUUUUUUUUUUGUUUUUGUUCUUCUUCAGAAUAAAGAUGCAUAUCAAAAUAAUGAAGAUAAGUAAACAGACAGAACAAAGAAACAAAUGUCAAACAAAUAAAAUAAACACUGCUUAAAGUUUCUGUGGUAGGUCUAGCUAACAGUAGUGUUAAAGUAAUAAAUACUACAAAAUUAGAAUAAUAUAAUAUGUUAACUGUAUAAUCUCUACUAUAGGGGUUAAUCAUAGAUUCAUUAUUAAAGCUUUAAAAGUGACUCUAAAGUUCAAUAACACUUAAGACUGCAUUUUGACAUUUUUGUAUGUAUUUGACCAGUUAGAUAUGCACCUGAAUUAAGUAUACAUACGUUGCUUGUCUGUGCGCUAAAUUGAGUACUACAUUGAGUUUUUUACAGCUUAUUGAGCUAUAAAUAAAAAAAACAUUUAUGUCAAGAACAUCAUGCUAUUUAUAUUAUUCAUAUGUAUGCACAGAACCUGUGCUCUUCCCAGGUUCUGUGCAUGACUUUAAAACUGUAAUAGACUGUAUCUGUUUUCGAUUUUCCUUAUGCUCUUCACUCAGAUUAUCUUUAUUUUUGUCGUUGACAUUAUCAAGAUAAGCAACUGCUGGGACAGUGUGUUCUAUAUUUUUCUAACCCGUUUCAUGAGAUGUGUAAGCAGCUGGCUUGGCCUCUGGAAAGGCACUGACACAUGCAGUGUCUGGCUUGAUUGAGUUUUAUCAUUCUCCAUGGACCCUUUUCACAGACUGUCAUGACACUUUUCUGCAAUGAUCAACAAAACUAAAUCUAGCAUAGUGUUAAAAGUGUUAAUGUUAAUGUAAGUGUUACUAAUUCAGCUGCUGUGGGAGUUACUGUAAAUUUGGAAUCUGUCUCUCUUUGGAUUGCCAUAAUCCUUCUUUGUAAUCCACUUUUAUGGAAAGUCAUGGGAACGCAGUAGUGGACUUUUUUUAUUUGCUGUUGGAACAACAACAUUAAAUAAUUUGUUAUUGUUUCCCAUGUAGGUUUACCCAGCUACAAUUAACUACCAUGCUGUGGAAAUGUAAAAAGGGUCCAUACAUGACUAAAUGAUUAUGUGAACACUUACUGAUUUGCAUAUACCAAUACCAAUGAAUAUAUUUAAUUAAAUUGCAUGUUGACCUGAACAUGAGUAUCCACUGUCUCUAUGUUCCAGCUUAUUGCCUUCAGUGAGUUGUUUGUUGUUUUUUUAUUAUUAUUAGUCGACUUUUUGUAACCAGAACUAAAUUUAAAUUAGGUAGGUGUUUGUGUGUGGUGUCAUAAUGCAGGAUACACACUAAAUGAUUUAAUUUCCUUAUCUUUUAUAUUUUUUUCCCUCUUUGUUCAACUUUCAGAAUGUAAAAUAUGACAAUCAUUACGCUGUGCGUGAUGAAUAAAUAUAUAGUUACUCAUAGGAAACUAUCUGCCAUUAACUGUUGCAGCAUGCUCUUCUUUCUUCCUUGUAAUGUGCCUGGUGAAUAUUAAUUUAGAUGUAAUACAUGUAAUACAUGCAAAUAAGUUGAGCCAUCUUACUAUGCUAAACUGAAAGCUGUUUAGUGGUGAAUUGAACAAAGUCUCAUGAGUGUCCCGUUUGACAUGGGUAAAGCAUUUAUAUGGA